GAUCUGCUCAAGAACAAGCCUUCCACUCCACACUAAAGCCUUAUGUGAAUACAAAGCAAUUCAAAACAAUAUUUGUAGAUUCAAAUGGUAAACAUUUUAUUACUAACGAAGAGGCUGAAAAAUGGGAUAAAGAGCAUCAUGAUUUCAAAGAAGCUAGACUUCUGACAUUAGCAGAGAUAGAGGAAGAAAUCAAAAAAAUAGGUUGGAAAGAAUAG